AUGGAUCUCUUUGAUGAUACUAAUCCUUAUUACAAAUAAGCAUUAUCUAUGCCUACCUUCGAACCAGUUUUUAGACGUGUUACUACUUACAAUUAAACUUAGAAUAGAAAUAUUAAUUGGGUCUUUUUAUAACCUAUUUCAUGCACACUUUUACAUAGUGAACAAGAUUACAUUGAAAGUGGGCGAGAUAAAUUUAAUGAAAGCAUGCUUACUGUUUAUAACACACCAGAUUCAUAAAGGGAAUUCGAUUUAUUAAGUGAUGUUAAAAAAUUUAAGGCUACUAAAAUUUCAGCUAGAAAUAAGAAAGAACUUAAAUUUCCUAAAGAAUUUGAUAAAGUAUUUGAAGAAUUAGAUAAAGAGUAUUAAUUGGAAUUUCAUUUACAAAGAGGUGUUAAUCCUUUUUUACACUAACCUAAUUAUAUAUAACCAAUAACAGUAUAUGGAUAAUUCUCAAAUUAAAAAAAUCUAAAAAGUAUAUCAGGAAUUAUUGAAAAAUGCUAUUUACCAAAUAUGAUUCGUAUUUGUUGUAAGUUUAAUGAUGAUGAAUUAAACUACAAUUUUAAAGGGAGAUUUAAUAAUGUAAAAAUCAUCUAAAAUUUGGAAGAAGAAGAGACAAUAUAAAUUCUUUACUUAAAAGUAAAUGAAUAGUAGAAUGUUGGGGAAUAAUUUUGGUACUUUGUUUCUUUAAUUUAUAAAAAACUUGAUGAUGGAGGAUGCUUUGUUUUUGAAAUGAAAAAUUUAGCUGAUUCUGCCUUUACAUAAUUUUUAUAUCUAUUUCAAAAAUUGUUUUUAAUUAUUUCACUUGAUCAUAGUGAUAUUUUAACUUUGAGUCCUAAAAUUAGUUGUUUUGGUUUUUAAAGAAAAAGUUCUAUUGGACUUUUAAAUAAGGUAAUAAAGAAUGCAGAUGAGAUUAAGAAUAAUAAUUAUAAUAUUUUUAGAAUUAGGUAAUUGACUCAAGAUCAUAAAUUUGAGCAUUAUUUAGUUUCAUUUUAUCGAUAAUAUUUGAUGAAAAUCUCAUAAUAAAUAAAAUUAAUUUAACAUUUUGAGAAAGGAGGAGAAAUAAAUUAUCAAGAAUUUAUUUAAGAAUGUGAGAAAAUGAAGGAAAAGGAAAAGAAAAAAAAGUAUAAUUAACCAAAUGAUUAACCUCAUUUUCAAAGAGAGCCUAGAAAUGGAAACAAUCAAAAACCGUAAUCACCAAAAGUUUUGAAUAAAAAUUUAGAUUUAAAUAUAACAGGUCCUCUAAUGGAAUUUAAAUCUUAUCAACCUAAGAGAGAUUACCUUAAGAAAUAGAAAAGUCCACCAAAAUAAAUGAGUAAGGAAGAAAGAAAUAAAAUGGAAUUAGAGAAGUUGAUUAACUAAGGCAAUUAGAAGAAAUAGACAACAAAAUAAAUUUAAUAAAAAAACUAUGAGGAGCAAUUAGGAUUAAGUGGUAAUAAGAAAAGUUAUAAGACCACUGCUAAAGAUAGAAAAAAGAAGCAUUGAA